CUAGGACAAUAGGAGAAUUGAAAACACCCUAAGAAUACAUCUUUGGCUUUAGUUCAAACUGGUUUUUUGACAGUUGUAGGUGUCGUGGCAAUUAGGAAUAGUGAAAAACUUGUUGUCAAAAUGGCGAGCGAGGGUUUGGCAAGUGUAAAUCCAAUUGCAGAAGUUGUACGGGGACAAGUGUUUGAAGUUGGUCCAAGAUAUACUAAUCUCGCCUAUAUGGGUGAAGGUGCUUAUGGUAUGGUCGUAUCUGCUUAUGACAACGUAACGAAAACAAAAGUAGCGAUCAAAAAAAUUUCUCCGUUCGAGCAUCAAACGUACAGUCAGAGAACAUUGAGGGAAAUUAAAAUUCUUACAAGGUUUAAACAUGAAAAUAUUAUAGAUAUAAGAGACAUAAUCAGAGCUCCAACAAUAGAUCAAAUGAAAGACGUAUACAUAGUCCAAUGUUUGAUGGAAACUGACUUAUACAAAUUAUUGAAGUCACAAGCUAUUAGCAAUGAUCAUAUUUGUUACUUCCUCUAUCAAAUAUUACGUGGAUUGAAAUAUAUACAUUCUGCUAAUGUACUCCAUAGGGAUUUAAAACCUAGUAAUUUACUUUUAAAUACCACGUGUGACCUUAAAAUAUGUGACUUCGGAUUAGCAAGAGUGGCAGAUCCAGAUCACAACCAUGCCGGCUUUCUCACAGAAUACGUUGCUACACGAUGGUAUCGUGCACCGGAGAUCAUGUUGAAUUCCAAAGGAUACACUAAAUCUAUUGAUAUUUGGUCAGUUGGCUGUAUACUCGCUGAAAUGUUUUCACGUCGUGCUAUCUUUCCUGGUAAACACUAUUUAGACCAGCUGAAUCAUAUUCUUGGCAUUUUAGGCUCACCUUCCUCUGAGGAUCUCGAAUGUAUUAUUAACGAAAAGGCGCGCAAUUACCUCCAAUCAUUGCCAUAUAAACCUAAAGUACCGUGGAACUGUCUAUUUCCUAAUGCUGAUCCACGGGCUUUAGAUUUACUUGAUAAAAUGCUCACAUUUAAUCCCAAUAAACGUAUUGUCGUUGAAGAUGCUCUCGCACAUCCCUACCUUGAACAGUAUUAUGAUCCUGCUGACGAGCCUGUCGCAGAAGAACCAUUUAGAUUUGAUAUGGAACUUGAUGAUCUUCCUAAAGAGGUUCUUAAGGAGUAUAUUUUUGAAGAAACUGCACAAUUUGCAAAGAGUAAUAAUCCGGAAAGUGCUAUGUAGUUGAUUGAAGUGUUAAUCUUGCAAAGAAUUAAUGGAAUAUAUGUGGUUAUAGACAGUGAAUUGUGCUGCUUUUGAGUUAAAUCAAUCAAGCAUGUAGAGGAUUAGUUUGGGCUCAGUAAGAUUGUUUUACACUAUAAUAUAAUGGUUAGCCGAUCACAUUUAUGUCCUGCUAGGAAUUCAUUUAUAUUAUUUUUUUCUUAUACUUUUUUUAUGCGGCUACUAUCGAAUAAACAACCAAUUUCGUUUCUGUUAUAUUAUUUGAUAAAUAACUAUUAAUAUUAUUACUAUUGAAUGAAAUGAUUAAUUUGUAUGAUAAACAAUCUUAAUUUAUCUUAAUUAGAAAGCUUUUAAAAUGUUUAAAAAAAGAAAUAGCACAAAAAUGAAAUGAAAUCAUGAGAAUGUAAAUAAAUGAAAUUAUGAAUAAUUUAAUAUUUUUUUCAUACCGUCAUUUUACCGUAUAUGACUAUAGUGUGAAAUAAUUAACGUGGUCGGCACGUCAUUAUGAGCAAUAGAACAGUGAAAAUGUCAGGAUAAUAAUCAAUAAUGACAGUGGUAUAUGGCAUUUGAGUUAUUUCAAAUAUUUAUGUUGCUAAUCAUUCUUAAACGCAUUAUUUAUAUGAUUCAAGUGUGAUAAUCUUACCUUAUAUGAACAGGAAAUAAAAAUUAUUUAAAGAAUAUUCCAAAAAAAUAAAUGAAUUAAAAACAUUAUCGAUAUUAUCAGGCCUAAUAUACUUAAUAGUUUUAACUUUAUCUAUGUGUAUUUGUUGAUGUAAAGAAAUCAUAUCUGAAUUUGAAAAAAUAUCUCAAACAAGAAUUUUUUUUGCACACCUUCAAAAUGUUAUUUUCUUUAUUGACAAAAAAAUGCAUAAAUGGUAAUUAUAAAAGAAUCAUAUAUUUUAUUGUAAAUGAAAAAAAAAAAUUACAAUUAGUCUUCGUACGAUCACUUUCUUCAUUCAGUGCAAAAAAUUCCAUGCUCAUUUAACUGAGAAAUUUUUACAAUGGAAUAUUUCUGAGUUUUUAACAUAAAAGUUAUUUGUUA